ACCGAAUGUUUUGCCAGUCAGGCUCUAAAAGGCCUUUCGAACAGCUGAGAUUGCCGCAUGGCGCAUUAUCAUUUAUUUAUUAUAUUACAUUCGCUUCUCUGUGAUUUUUACCUUUCUUUUUAUAUCCUUCUUUAAAGUUUUAUUAAGAAAAUAAUAAAAUAACUUGGAAAAAAUAUUCGAAUCAUUUAAUAUCUUACUAUCAUUAAAAAAAGAUACAAUAUCUAUCUAUCGGAAGGAUUUGAAUUUUUAAACGCGUUCAUUGGAUUUUCGUUUGAAUACUAUUUGUUUUUAUUGAAUAAAUUUUCUGAAUAAAAAAUCCAAUCGUGAAUAAAAUUAAAAUUAAAGCAAAAAAAUAAAAGUGAAGUGACGAUAAUCAUGAAGUGUUGGUGAUAAAAUUUUUCUAUCAUCACAAAGAGAGAAUAAAUAAUAAAGAUAAAGUGAUCCUGUGAAGUGAUCGUGCUACAACUAAAAAAAACCUAUUAAAAAAUACUUUUUUUUGAAUUUAUUCAAAAAUAAAAAAAUUAAAGACUCCCUAAAAAGGAGUCCUUUUCCAUCUCCCCCUGUAACAAAACCGCCAAAAUUAUUACUCACAAUUCGCUAAGUGUGUACGGGGGUGGCGUUAUGUGCGCCUCUCCGUCCACAGCAACGGGUUUCUUCAAUCCCAGGCCUCAGCCUUCGGGCGAGUUGAGUGCCCUCGAAUUGGGAUUCCCGCGCAGUAUGGCCCUUGUGGCGCCACCACCACCGCCCAGCGCCUGGCAUGAUCCUAACUUAAGCGGACACUUGCACGGUACGGUGCCGAGUGUUGGUACCGGCGGCUCUACGCCAUCCGGCACAACCAUCAAAGAGGAUAUGUCAAAUAUGUCGGGCAAUGGCAAUGGCGGCCAUCAUGGCGGUGGAAACAAUGGCAACGGCGGUAAUAAUAACAAUAAUAACAACAACAAUAACGGCAACAACAGUGGCAAUGCAAAUAAUAACGGCUCAUCGGCGAACAACGGCCUGGGGCUGAUAAGCAAGGACUACAAAGACUACAAAGACUUCAAAGACUGCCUGCCGUCAAGUGCAACGCCAAAUUCACAAGCCAAUAGUAGUUCACAGAGCAGUAAUGGCGGUGGAUCACAAAUUGACAGCAAAAAUCAAAAUAUCGAAUGUGUGGUUUGUGGUGAUAAGAGUUCGGGCAAGCAUUAUGGACAGUUUACCUGUGAAGGCUGUAAAUCAUUUUUCAAACGUUCAGUCCGCCGAAAUCUAACAUAUUCGUGUCGGGGGAGCAGAAAUUGUCCAAUUGACCAACAUCAUCGGAAUCAAUGUCAAUAUUGUCGAUUACGAAAGUGCCUCAAGAUGGGUAUGCGGCGAGAAGCUGUUCAACGUGGUCGCGUUCCGCCCACCCAACCCGGACUAGCUGGCAUGCAUGGUCAAUACCAAUUAGCCAAUGGCGAUCAUAUGGGCGUGGCCGGUUUCAAUGGUCAUUCAUAUCUAAGUUCCUACAUUUCACUCCUGCUACGUGCCGAACCAUAUCCAACAUCACGCUAUGGCCAAUGUAUGCAACCCAAUAAUAUAAUGGGAAUUGAUAAUAUAUGUGAAUUAGCUGCCCGCCUGCUAUUUUCCGCUGUUGAAUGGGCGAAAAAUAUCCCAUUCUUCCCGGAUCUACAAGUUACGGAUCAAGUGGCGCUGCUACGAUUAGUGUGGUCUGAGCUGUUCGUCCUCAAUGCAUCACAGUGUUCAAUGCCAUUGCAUGUGGCACCACUGUUAGCUGCUGCCGGUCUUCAUGCAUCGCCAAUGGCUGCGGAUCGUGUCGUGGCCUUUAUGGAUCACAUACGCAUCUUCCAGGAGCAAGUCGAGAAAUUGAAGGCGCUGCAUGUCGAUUCAGCGGAGUACUCGUGUCUGAAGGCGAUUGUUCUGUUCACCACAGAUGCAUGUGGUUUAUCCGAUGUAACGCAUAUAGAAACGCUACAAGAAAAAUCACAAUGUGCUCUGGAAGAAUACUGUCGAACACAAUAUCCAAAUCAGCCCACAAGAUUUGGAAAACUCCUGCUAAGAUUACCUUCGCUGAGAACUGUUUCGUCACAAGUCAUUGAACAAUUGUUUUUUGUACGCCUAGUCGGUAAAACACCCAUCGAAACCCUCAUCCGUGAUAUGCUGCUCUCUGGCAAUAGUUUCUCUUGGCCGUAUUUACCUUCGAUGUGACAUACAAUGUGGCGACAAUUGACAACAACUUGAUCAUCCGCCUCCACAGCCGUUGCUGCUGCAGCAGCUGCCUGUGCCAAUGCAGCGACAGCAGCAGCCGAUGGCAGUGGUGUUGGAGGAGUAUUCCUGGGUCCAGUAUCAGCAGCAGCAUCAGUAUCAGCAACAACAACACCAACCGGAACAUCGCCCAUGAUGACGCCAUCAUUCGCCCCAUCUACCUUUGCCACAUCGGCAAUGCGUAGAAAUUCCCCACUGGCCGCCAUGGUGCCUACUUCGUUGUCAAAUUACUACGAUAGCGCCGCCAUGAUGGCUGCCGCAGCAGCCGCCGCAAUGUCAGUUGACAAUGCCAAUAAUAAUAUCAUGGCAGGUAAUAACACCACCAGUUACCACCAUCAACAUGUCAAUAAUUUUCAUCAACAUCACCAGUUGACAAGUAGUGACAUUGAUAUGUCACUGUCAAAUUCAUCAACAGCAACAACUGCAACGCCAUCUAGCGGUGGUAGUGGUGGUAAUUUGGGUGCAGGCAAACAUGGCAGUGACAGUAGCAGUGGAAGAAUGCCAUCGCCACCAAGUCUAAUCGAUAUCAGUGAAGUUCCUCUAAAUGUGGAUGUCAAGUAGGGUUAAAAAAGACAAAAAAAAAUAUAAAAAAUUCUAUUAAAUAAAUUAUUAAAAAAAAAUAAAAAAAAAAAACUUAAAAACAAAUAAAAACAAAAAAAUAUGUACGAAGAGUUAGGAUAAUUUUCUUAUAGAGUUAGGGUGGUAAAACUUUUAAAUAUUAUUUUAGGUUUUAUUUUCAUUUUUUGGUUGAAAGAGCGAUCAGUGCGGUUAUUUUUAUUUAAAUAGAAUUUAAUUUUGUAUUUCCUUGUAAAUAAAUGUCUUAUAAUUAAGUUUUAGGGACAAAAAACAAAAAACAAAUACAAACAAACAUCAAGCCAAAUUUUGAUUUUAGUAAAUUUAAAAAAAAAAUAUAAAAACACACAAAAAACUUAUAAGAAUGAGGCUCUUAAAAAAAAAAGAAUUUAUAUUAAAAAUAAUCCCAGUUCAAAAUUAACUUUUUUCAACUUAUUAUAAAAAUUAAAAUUAUAAAAGAAAAAAUCAAAACAAAUCAAAUCGUCAAACGAACAAAAACAAAAAC